UCCAACUUAUCCACUGGUGUUGGAGGAGUCAGCUGUGCCGACGUUGUUUGACAGGCCCGGGCCGAAUCAAUCUGUCAAAAGAGAAACAGAUGACAGCAGACCCCCGAAGGGGCGGUCAAAAAGCGAAAGUCCGGUGGUGCCUUUGCCAAAAGAGAAUGAGCCAGGGAAAUCAUACAGAAGCUGACUACAUACGGUUACCCACCAAUCUCCCCGAACUCCUCUCUGAAGAAAAUACAUCAUCUGGAAAAUAUUUCCGACAAAUCAUGAAGGACAAAGGCUUCAGAUCUUUUCAGCGGAGUAACGUCUGAAGAUAAAGUAAAAGGAGCCAUUUGCUCUGGCCUCUAGCUAGGUACUCAGAUUACCCAGAGGCUGCCUGCAUCCAGAAGCUUUUCUGCUACACUUUGGCUGUGGACGAGAGGAAAUGAGCACUGCAUAAGAAAUCACCGUUGUGGAUUACUGAGGAUCAAGCCAGACCAAGACCCCCUGAUCAGUAAAGGGAACUGUUAGGAGAAUUUACACUUGAAAAGUGACCAAAUUACAGAAAGUCAAAAAGUAACUUGUUGGAGUAUCUUUCCUGACGUGUAUGUCAGUUUUCCAGUGUGUCAUUUUAACUGAUCCAGUGUUCUGCCGAAUGUAGUGAAACGAAGAAGUGACGUGUAUGUAUAAAUGGUUGUCUGGUGGAAGAAUCAACAAAAAUGAAUAAAAAAAUCAGGAGAGACUUAAGACCAUUUUGUACCAUUUACUGCAGCUGAAUCCCCCUUCUGUUGAGGAAAAAAGGGAGUAAACCUGUGCACCUCUGGUAAACUGAGAAUAGCUGCUGCUCCAGAGACAACAUUUGUUCUGUUAGCUUAUUAUCUUUCAUUUUGUUUGCCUUGUUUCCCUGCUGCCUGGCUCCUGUAAUGUUCCAUCGCCUCUGUGCCCAUGUAAAGCCAUGCCAGUGCCUGAGAUGGCUGUAAGUCCUUGGAAACCUUUGCAAUGGGAGAUCUUCCCCCCAAUGGCUACAUGCCGUGUCUACUGCACACCUGUGUUUUGGGGUGGCCGCCUUUAUGUGAUGGGGGGCUGCAGCGAGAGUGGAAUGCCUCUGGAUUCUGUAGAGGUCCUGGACUUAGAAAGCCAAAACUGGUGUCAGCUUCCCCCAUUGCCUACUGCCAGGGCAGGGGCUUCGGCUGUGGCACUGGGGGACCAAUUGGUGGUGAUGGGGGGCAUGGAUGCUCAGCAGAGCCCACUGGCAUCAGUGGAAGUCUACCACCCUGAUGAGGGCAAGUGGGAGAGGAAGACUGGAUUGGGACAGGCAUCAAUGGGUAUAACUGCCUUGGAGAUAGAUGGAAAGGUGUAUGCGCUGGGGGGUAUGGGUUCUGACACCAGUCCACAGGCGUUGGUGAGAGUCUAUGAGCCAGUUAAGGAUCAGUGGUUGUCCCUGGCCUCCAUGCCCACUCCCCGCUAUGGAGCCUUCUCCUUCCUGCGUGGCAACAAACUCUACGUUCUUGGUGGGCGUCAGGGCAAGAUGCCGGUGACAGCUUUCGAGGCCUUUGACCUGGAGAUGAAGAGCUGGUCGCGCUACCCGUGCAUCCCGAGCCGCAGGGCCUUCUCCAGCUGCGCCGCCACAGAGCAUGCCUUCUACAGCCUGGGUGGCCUGCAGCAACCCGGCCCACACAACUUCUACUCUCGACCACACUUCGUCUCCACUGUGGAAGAGUAUGACUCUGAACAGGGUGUUUGGUUGAAGCCCACAAGGGGCUCCCGGAUGAGAGAAAAGCGGGCGGACUUCGUGGCUGGCUGUCUCGGUGGAAGGGUGAUUGUUGCCGGAGGGCUGGGUAAUCAGCCUUCGCCGCUGGCCUCUGUAGAGAGUUAUAAUCAUGUGAAGAGGAGAUGGGAGGCUGUGGCUCCAAUGCCCACCCCGCGCUGCUCCUGUACCCCUCUACAGACCACGAACAUGCUAUUCCUAAUUGGAGGUGUAUCACAGGGUCCCAGCAAUGCAGUGGAGGCCCUUUGUCUGCAAGAAAGUGUCUGACACAUCAACCCGUCUCUUGUACCUAUGAAGGAUUUGUGCUGGACUCUGCAGGAAUAAGAGACAUGCAGAUGAGUCCUGCUCUGCCCGAGUCCUCCUCCCAUGCACAUCUGACACUUCAGUGGAGACAAUCUACAGGAGUCUGGACAGCAACAUGAAUCUCUGGCUGGACUAAAGACUUUGAAGUCUCAGACAAGCAAGCAAAAAAAUCUCUAUGUACACACAACUACACAGGCAGAGGUCCAGAUACCUUUGAACUGUAAUGUUUUGUUUUUUUUUCACAAUCAAAGCAGGGUACUUUUCUGGAUAAACUCAAAAGGAACUUAGGGCCAUAUCCACCAUGCUGCUGCAGAGUUCACCUGCAGUAGCACGUUUAGCACUUUUUCUAUUGCAUUAGAGAAAAAGCAAAAACGGAGUGGAUCUCUCUCUGCAGGAGUGGAGGCGUAUGUGUGUGUAUGUGUGUGUGUGUGUGUUUGUACCUUCACAGCCAUGCAUGUGUGAAAUUCAGCACUAUUAUUCUUAGAGCGAGAAGAACAUGCCACUAACGGUUAAUACUCGAUGCCUGCACUGUAGCAUGUUGUGGGACGGUUUCAGGCAGUAAUGGAGACAGAGUGAAUCAAGAUUAGACAGCAGUAGCGUGUGUUUUCGAGGAAGUGACAGAGCCCCGAAUAAUGCAUUUAGAACUUCAAAAUUGCCACAUUUAGCGUAUCUAUAAUACUCCCUAAUUGAGCGCUUGGCAUGCCAGCUGAUGGUUUUAGUGAGAGGAAUAUAAGUAACAUCUUCAAAGCAGUUUUCUAAAAGUAUAGAAGUGAGCAGCAUCAUGCUGGUGUCAUGUCAUGCCUAUGGUUGGUCUUAAUGGAAAAUAGAAGCUAUUUGGAAAAAACAACAAAAUCGAACUAAGGUUGUCAUGUGGAUGCUCAGAUCAAAACCCAAUCCUGUCAGGUAAUAUACACACAAACACGUACAUCACAUUAUUGCACAUAUGUGGUAUAUACAUCACUGGUGCUUUUGUGUAUUUCACCAUGAAUUAAUUGAA